AUGGCCUGGGGCAGGGGCCGGGGCCGUAAAAAGUCCCUGGAGUCCAUAAACUCUAGGCUUCAGCUGGUUAUGAAAAGUGGUAAAUAUGUGCUAGGAUACAAACAGACUUUGAAAAUGAUUCGGCAGGGCAAAGCCAAGUUGGUCAUCCUAGCCAACAACUGUCCUGCUUUGAGGAAGUCAGAGAUCGAGUACUAUGCCAUGCUGGCCAAGACCGGCGUCCACCAUUACAGCGGCAACAACAUAGAGCUGGGCACCGCCUGCGGGAAGUACUACCGGGUGUGCACACUGGCCAUCAUCGACCCAGGUGACUCUGACAUCAUUAGAAGCAUGCCAGAACAAGCCAGUGAGAAGUAAAUGCUGUAAAGGUGUUAUUUCUACAAUAAAACUGGUUACAGAUUUGUUUUAAGAAAAA